AUGCUGGAUGCUGUGAAGGAGAAACACCCUUCGUUAAGUGUCAACGUCUCGCUGUUUGGACGUGAAGGAGACAUAUUCAACUGGAUCGAUAUGCUCACUUCAAACUGGCGUGUAGAAGAGAGUAGUCGCAAAAAUGAGCUCUUCUUCGACUACGUAGAGGAGCAGACUGUUCACGACACCUAUUUUGAUCCACUCACGUAUGAAAUCGUAAGCAAAAACGAGGGCGACGAUGAAGGUGAGGUGGAAGAAAGCGAUAACGAAUUGGUGGUGAGGGGCUUGCUGCUCUUUAGAGCGAUGGCACGAUUGAUGAACGGAGUUCGUGAGGGCGAUUAA